AUGAACGGUUCCCCCUGGUAUGAUACUCUCGUCUUCCCCCUCAUGGCGCUGCCCCUUUAUGUUGCGCUCGUCUUUCAAGUUGUAGGAUUGGCUUGUGCCGAGAGGCCGUCGACUACUUCGGAUGCUCUCGUCGAGCCAAGUUCUCCUAUCUCGGUGGCGGAGCAUACCAGUCUCAAGCCCAUGAUCCCAAUCGUUGUGGCCAGCGCCCUCGGAGGAUUUUUCGGAUUUCUGCUGGUCGUCUUUGGCGGUCUGUACCUCAUCCGGAGGAGACGACGUUCAAAAGACGUAAGCGACGUCAUUGAAGGCGCACACUUCCCCACCAUGGCCUAUAACCCCUACCCUAUAACGAGACCACCUGUUUCUGCCCAUCCUCGAGAAUACCGCCCACAUGUUGGUUAUGAUUAUUCGCGAUGGGACAAGAGUGACGAUAGUAAAACGCCUCCCACACCACCUGGGCUACCGACUUGUGUUAUUCGUUCCUAG